AUGGCUGUUGUAACUCUAGAUGAAUCUAUAAACAAAGAUCCAACUUUCGAUGUUGAACAGGUUCAACUUCAAUUUGAUUUAAAUAAAUCUUUGCAACAGCUACUAGUUCAGAACAAUGUUAUGUACUUGGUGUUAACUCAAUCGAUAUAUAAGAUUGAUCUUUCUAACCCUUCAAUUGUCAAGCAUGUGGAAGUACCAAAAGCUGAUGGUGGCGGCAGUGUGCGAAUUGUUUCGGCUUGGCUUCAUUGGAAUGGCCACCAUUUCAUUAUUCAAACGAACCAUAAUCAAUAUUUCUAUUUGCAUGACACCUACAAGCAAUUCAAGAUAUUGCCUAGGCUUAAAGGAUUACACGUAAAGUAUAUAGCCUUUAAAAAGAAGCAACUGGAAGAAGAAGAAUCGGAUUACGAAAACACAAGAGAUUUUAUAAUAGGAACUAAGGAGGGCGCGUUGUAUGUGUGUCUGUUAAAGUCUCAUGACAUAAGGUACCAUGAGAGCAAAAGAGACGACAAGUAUUUAAAAUCAAUAUAUUCGGAGUCCGCUGGUACUUUAAGUGGAUUGGUGUAUUUGGAUAACAACAGUGUUAUUGCAAGCAUUGAUGGCCAGCUUUUACAAUGGUCAUCAGGCAAUAAUUCUUACAAUGAUAUAGUAAAGGGAUUCAGGCAACCACCAACUCAUAUAACAACCAAAUCUUCAUCGAUGUCUUCUCCUGCGCUGCAUACACUUGUGUCUGAUGGUACUACGUAUAUAUAUAUUGGUUCAGGAGAAGAAACCCGCAUUGUUUCAAAUGACCCAGAAAUGGUAAGAGAAGAAUUAAAUAUGGAAGUGAAUGGGAAAAAAUUAACUCCUUCUCACUCAGUCAUCCUAACUAAUCACCAUAUAAUCUCAUUGCUUGGCAAGCACCAUGAGCUGCUUGCUGCAUUCAUAAAAUUGUCAAACAAACCUGGGAAAUUAAUUGAAACAGAAACUUCAAUCUCAGGAUCUAAUAGAAUUCUUGGAAUUACUGCAGACUAUACUUCCUCUACAUUCUGGCUAUAUUCCAUCAAUAAUAUCUAUGAGAUAAUAAUCAAUAAUGAAACCUCCUCUGUCUGGUACAAUUAUUACCAAAUGGGUAAAUACGAUGAAGCAUUGAAGUGUCUUAGGGAACAGCAACGAGAUGACCUCUCCAGCAAUGGUGAUACUACGUCAAUUGAAAUUAAAACUGAUCUCGUUCUUAUUGAACAAGGCUACUCAUUCCUCCAACAAGGGGGUUUUGGAAUUGAUUUUGAUGGCGGUAAAAUCAACAAAGAGUUAUUUGACCUCCAGAAAAAAGGAAUCAAGAUAUUAGCAAAGCUGUCAGAACCUUUUGAAAAAAUUUGUUUGAUGUUGACAAAUGCAACUCAAAAUUCUGAGGACAAUACCCAAGACUCUACUAUUCUGCAAGGUCAUAGGAUAUUAAGCGAGAGAUUAUUAGUAGAGUAUUUACUAGUUAAGUUUCAGGUGGCUAAGCGUGAGAAAAUUAAGAUAAGAAUUGUUGUUUUGUCCUCAUGGAUUGUUGAGUUAAUGUUAAGAUUAAUCUACAGUAACAAGGGUGGUGAGAUUAAAAUACCAGAUGAAGCAGAUGAUGCUUCUCUCAAUUCAAUGUUUGAAUCAUUUCUUUCGGAAAACUACAAGAUUCUUGAUCCUAAGACUAUUUACCAGAUCAUAGCAGGGUUUAACUAUCCAUCCAAGUUAAUAUAUUUUGCUGAGCUUAUACAAGAUUAUGAAUUUAUUUUGAAUUAUUACAUAGAGAGAGAAGACUGGCUGAAUCUGUUAAGAAUUUUGAUCAAAAUCUACACUUUAAACAAUGAUGACAUGAUGAAUGUUAUUUACAAAAACUCGACUGUUUUACUUGUUAACUCUCCGAAAGAAACUAUUGCAACAUGGUUGAAAUUUCCACUGAUGAAUUACGAAAGAGUCUUGCCUUCGAUUUUAACGUAUAGUAAAAGCAUUCAGGAAAGGACAUUGAUAAAUGAAAAUGAACUGAUUAGAUUUUUACAAAAAAUAAUUUAUGAUAAGGGAGUUAAAAGUGAAGUCAUAAAUAAUUAUUAUUUGUCAUUGCUUAUUAGCUACCCUGAUAAAGAGAAGAAUAAUUCUUCAAAACUAAUUAUUAAGCUACUUAAUAAAGUGCAUGAAAUAUCGUCUACAGCAACUAGAUCAGGAGCUGCACUCUAUGAUCCCAAUUUUAUUUUACGACAAUGCUUAUCCUAUGACCAUUUUCAUCCCGCUGUUUUGAUUUUAAUGAAUGACAUGCAAUUAUUUGAACAAGCAUUGAAACUAGCCUUAGAUCACGGCCUAACUGAAUUGGGCCAAGUCGUUUUGAAGAAGUAUGAUGAUUAUUUGUUCAACCGAGAACCUGAAAAUGAUAACAUACUGGGUCGCGUAGACAUUAUUUACGAUCUUGAGGAGGAUAUGAGAUAUGUUGGUAAGAUCAAGUUGGAAGAAGAAACUUUUAGUAGCAGAAAGAAAUUGUGGAUUAUGUUUAGUAGGUAUCUAAUUGAGGGUAUCUGUAAAGGAGAUGACUUCGAAUUUUUAAACGAGAUUGAAAUAUCAGAAACAAUUGGAGAAAAGGAGGAACCGAAUGGAAGUUCGAGUACGAAAGAAAACAAAGAAAAUAUCACCAAGUCACUUAUAUCUGAAAUGACGGGCGAAUCAGAUUCAAAUGCUUUAAAAGAUUUACCACUGCCCCUCGUCAUUAGAAGGCUCCUCAAAUACCUCUUAUCUAACUCAUACACCCCACAAACUAAUUCGAAUAUCUUAUCACUUAAAGAUAUUCUUCCACUUUUCCCAUCAACUAUUAUCAUAAACAACUUUAAGACAGAAAUUAUUCAGUCAUUAAAUCAAUACAACAGCAAGAUUUCCCAAUUAUCCCAUGAAAUGCAAGAAUCCCUUCAGAUUUCAGCUAAGUUAAAAAAGCAAAUCAAGGAGUCUGCAACUCUUACAGAGCGUGCUCGAAUCUAUACAAUCGUUGAGCCUGGUGAGCCAUGUGGUAUAUGUAGGGACUUGCUUAUUAGUAAACUGUUUGUUUGCUUCCCCAACUGCAAUCAUGGCUUCCAUAAGGAUUGUCUUGUGAAGUAUUAUUUGAAGCUGAAGGGAGAAUAUAAGUUCAAGAAAACGUUUCAGAACUUCAAAAGAAUUCCAUCUUCACAGAACAAACUAGAGUUAGAUGAGAUAUUGUUAAAAGAAUGUGUCUUGUGUAACGAAUCUAAUAUUAACACUAUAGAUGAUAAUAUUAUUGAUCUUGAAGGAGAAAAGAGUGAAGCAGAUAGCUGGGCUUUGUGA